AUGCUUGUCCCCGCCCCCAACGACCUCGCCUUCUUCUCGUCCAAGGGCCCCACCAAGUACACGGGCGCUGACGGCAAGCCGCGCAACCUCGUCAAGCCUGAUAUCGCCGCCCCCGGCUUCUUCACGCGCUCGGCUGGCAUCAAGGCCACGAACGAAUACGUCAAGAUGGCCGGUACGUCGAUGGCCGGCCCCCACGUCGCUGGUGUCGUCGGUCUCCUCAAGAGCUCCAAGGCCGACUUGACGUACGAGGAAGUGUACGCCUACGUCACCAAGUACGCCUUCACCAAGACGUUGACGCCCGAGCCGGCCACGUGGGUCGGCAAGGCCAACGCGACGCUCCCGGGUGCGCCCAACUGCGGCGGUGUCUCGGACGCCUCGUUCCCUAACAACCGCUACGGUUUCGGUCGCGUCGAUGUCGCCAACAUGUACGACAACGGCAAGCUCAAGCCGGUCAACCCCAACCCUGCCUGCUAA